UGUCCUGCCGUACGUCGAUAGGUCGCACUCCAAGGACCAAAAGCUCUCGAACACUUUGCUUGAUCGAGCACGCGACUACGAGCUUUUCAGAGUUUAUGCUUAGUGUAUCUUAUUUUCUUUUCUAAUCGCGUUGUGGUGAUUAAUUUUUAUUCAUUGGAUCGCCGUGAAUCUGGAUAAUGGAAAUUUCGAACUGUUAAUGUGAAAUGGUCAAACUAACAAGGCAGCCGCAAUUGGAGAAGAAAAGAUGAAGGUACUAACAGCAGGAUUGGUCCUAGCGACCCUGAUGGCCAUAACGGAUGGAAUAGACCCUUCACAAUGCAUAGCUCCCUUAGGGAUGGAAAGUGGUGCAAUUAAAGACGAAGAUAUUACAGCAAGUUCAUCUUUUGAUAGUGGAAAUGUUGGCCCACAACACGGAAGAGUUCGCUGUGAAAUCAAUGGUGGUGCUUGGUGUCCUCAAACGCCUGCAACCUCUGAAGUAAAAGAAUGGAUUCAAAUUGAUCUACACACUGUACAUGUAAUAACAGGUUCUGGUACUCAAGGCCGAUUCGGAAAUAGUCAAGGUGUAGAAUAUGCCGAAGAUUAUUUGUUAGAGUAUUGGAGACCACGGCUUUCAAAGUGGAUUAGAUAUAGAAAUCAUAAAGGGAUAGAAGUUAUGAAAGGAAAUAUAAACACUUAUUUGGAGUAUAAAAGUGAAUUGGAGCCACCGAUUAUGGCUAGUAAGGUCCGAUUCUUGCCGUUUAGUUACCACAAAAGAACCGUUUGUAUGCGCGUGGAGUUGUAUGGAUGCAAAUGGACAGAUGGAAUUGUAAGUUAUUCGAUGCCACAAGGUGAUAAAAGAGGAACGAGUUGGGAAUUUUACGAUACGGCGUACGAUGGACAUUGGGAUGGUGAAAAACUUUUAUAUGGUUUGGGACAACUAACUAAUGGAAGAUUCGCUCAAGAUGAUUUUAAAACUGCUUUCUAUGAACAAAACAAUGUGGAAGGUUGGGUUGGUUGGAAAAAUGACACUCGAGAAAAUCGACCGAUCGAAAUUGUUUUUGAAUUCGAUAAAGUGCGCGAGUUUUCUUCUUUAAAUAUCUACUGUAAUAACCAGUUUACUAAAGACGUUCAAGUGUUUUCCGAAGCUAAAGUGUUGUUUAGUGUGGGCGGAAAGAAGUAUAAAGGCGAACCCAUCACUUUCGAUUACAUCGAAGAUAGAAUCUUCGAAACUGGUCGGAACGUUUCUAUCAAACUACACCAUCGCGUGGGAAGAUUCGUGAAACUUCAAUUGUAUUUCGCUGCACGGUGGAUACUAAUCAGUGAAAUUACCUUUGAUUCCGCUGUCGUUUACGGAAAUAUAACCGAAGAGGAAGAAGAUAUCGAAGAACCCUUACAAAAAGACGACGAUUUAAACAUGAGUGCUGAUAAAAACGUAGUUAGCGCGGUGAAUACGCCAUCGGGUAUGGGACAAUAUCUUGGAGUUGUAGUUGGUUUGCUCUCAGUUUUAGCUGUCACUAUGAUCUCUGUCGUUGUUUUUAUAAUUAUUCAACAAAGAAGAUACAAAUCUUCACCGAGACCAUCUCAAAUACCGAAUGCUUGUGAUAAAGCAGCUUUGUAUCGCGAACCGAGUGUUGGGCGACUACCGAGCAGUUCUGAUUAUGCUGAUGUUCGUGAUCCAGAAUACGCAGUUCCUUUACAAGCUCCUCAAACACCUCGUAAUGCUCCUACUCUGCACAAUUUCUUGCCAAAACCUCCUAGCAUACCACCACCUCAUGAAAGAUAUUAUGCUGCAACGGAAAUUUGCAAUACUGGAUUUGUUCCACCUCCACCUCCUUUGUCUACCCCACCUCCAGUUAGGAUUGGAAGACAACCCAGAUAUAUUUCUGGAUCCAAUAAGACUUACGUAGGACCCUAGGCUACCCACUCUGUGAUAUUGCAUAUGCGAGCAUCGACAUUGGUUGUUUCAUUGAAAGUUCGAUGUAAUCAACCCAUAAGGCUGACGACUACCAAAAGUAUUGUUUUUAAUUUAUCGAAUCGGGAUCGAAUGUACUUUACAUAAGUUUGUACAGUAUUGCUUAAAUACGACAAUCUGUCAAGUGUAAACGAAUAUAAUAACUAGCAGUUUAGAAAAUGUAAAUAAAGCGGUAAUAAACUAUAUUAAUCGGAAUCGUAAGGAAUCGUAUAGCGAUAUUUAAAUUAAAUUAAUUAUUAUUUCUACCUUUGUACAUAUCGAAAACCUGUACAGAAAUAUAUGUUCUUGAUAGUAA